UUAAGUUUCCGUUUCCAUAAGAUUCGUUUUCUCCCUCCUGUGUGUAUAUAUAUUAAUAAUUGAGGGAACAUCAAGUACAAGUGUACAACUAGCCUCCAAACUGAACAAGUAAAACAGAGAGAGAAAACACAGAGACACAGAGUUGACAUCGAAUCUAAUCAACCUCCUCUUUUGAAUUGAAUUGAAUCUAAACAACCUGCGAUAGAGGCUAAUUAAAAAUGGCUGAUUGGUCAAUCUUGCCUAGUGACAUACUUUGUGAAAUUGCAUUGAAACUAGAUGCCGUAGAAGAUUUGGUUGACUUUUCUGCUGUAUGUAGUUCAUGGUAUUGUGUUUAUACUAUGAUUAAAAAGAAGUGGACCGCGAAAAUGCCAUGGCUGAUGCUGGCGGAAAACACAGAAGAAGAAGACAACCCUAAUUAUAUUAGGAAAACAUUUUGUCAUAUGAGGGAACGCUGUUAUUCGUUAAGCCUCCCUCAAAGUUUUGGGGCAAGAUGUUGGGGUUCAUCCUCUGGUUGGAUUGUGACAUUUGAUUUUAAACUAGAGUUGCAUAUGUUGAACCCAUUUUCCGGGGUUCGAAUUCGCCUUCCUAAUCCCCCUAAACAUGCAGAGAAGCCACCACCAGAUCCCGAUAUUCCUUUUACCGACGAGGAAAUAAAAGCUCGUUUAGAGAACGAAAGACUACUUGGAGCUGAGAAGGUUAUUGUUUUAGGAGGCGAUGAUGAGUAUGACGAUGAUUGUGUUGUUGUGCUUAUACAAGGCCGAAGUACGAUCAAUCUUGGACAUUUGUUAGAACGCCAAAGACUUGUCGGGCUUAUGAUGUUAUGCGUCGUGGUUCACAAAUUUUGAUCGCAUAUGGUAGGGGUGGUUUAGGGUGUUUUGAUAUUAGUGCAGAUGAAGGCGGACAACCUGUAACAGCCAUGGAAUAUGUACCUGCACAAUCUCCGGAGUUUUUGGGUUCGCUACAUGAGUCGUUGCAUGGAAUAUAUUUGGUGGAAGCAUUUGGUGAUAUUCUUAUGCUUCUUCGGUACAAGGAAAUAGAUGAGGGUCAAGAUGAUUUUAUUCCAAUUUUUGAAGGAGGUGUUAGGUAUCAAACAUUUUAUAUUGAGGUAAACAAACUUAAUGUUGACACCAAAAUAUGGGAGGAAACUAAAGACAUAGGCGAUGUUGCAUUGUUUGUGGGCAAUAAUUGUUCUAUGGCAGUUCGUGCAUCUGCUACUCCUAAUUGUAGACGCAACUGUAUUUAUUUUAAUGAUGAUGCGUCGAAAUGCUGGGAUGCAUCAAGGGAUGGAGUAUUACUUGUUGGGGGCCAUGAUAUGGGAAUUUUUCGUAUCGAGGAUGAAGAGAUUGAGCCCCAUGUAGGAGAGGAUAUACAUUCCUUAUUUUGUCCUCCUGUUUGGUUUAUGCCCAAGUUUUAGACAAUUAAUAAAAAUAACUAUCGAUUGAGAAUAAA